UGGGACGAGUCUGACAAGUUCGUCAAGGUUUAUAUUACAUUGCAAGGAGUGCAGAACGCGAAUCCUUCUACAAUUCAGCAUAGUUUCACCAACACUGGAUAUGAUAUAACAGUUUCUAAUCAUGGCGGAAAGAAUUACGUAAUGACAAUGAAGGGACUACGAGACGAAAUAGUGCCGGAGAGUAGUCAAAUCAAGUUAUUAUUUGGAACGGUGGAAAUUUCAACCUAUGACUCUGACAGUUUCGGUGCUAGCGGCUUUCACAUUUUA